CUUCGGUGUAUUCGUGCAUACCUCGAGGUAGACUGGUACGCUGCAUUCGAGGUACAUACCACAAAGACGAUUGCUGCAGGACAAGAAGCCCUUCAAGAAUUCUCAGAGCUAAUGGAUAAAUAUAUCAAGAAGUCUGAAAGCUGGUCCUUCCAGAAGAAGCAUCUAGUUGCCCACUUGUUUGAUGACAUCAUGGCCAAGGGAGCAACUCGCAAUUACAACACUAUGCCGAAUGAAAAGUGUCACAGUCCCCUAAAGGCAUCAUAUCAAGAUCAGACUAAUUUCAAAGAUGUUGCACCACAAGUUUGUUGUCCAGUUUUUGAUUUCAUGAUGGACGAACUAGAUACAUACAACACUCAGAUGGCCAAAGACGAGACCGACCCUGAUAAUAAUGUUCCAUCCAACUUCCACAUCAGAUUCGGAUCGAAGCAACCGAAAAAGUCACUCGAGAUAAUCAAGGAACAACAUGUCGACAAUCCUUCCUUCAGACAUUUCUGCACAAAGCUCAACACAUUUUAA